GUUACAGAUCGCAGUUCAUAGUACAAUAACCUACCAAUAAAUAGAAUCUUGAUAUCUUAAACCUGGGCAUAGUUCAGCACUCACUGGAUAUAGCAGCUUGCUAUUAGACAGCAGUUGGAGUUUGCAUUUUAAGCUCAUGGGUCAAAAACUAGACGAGCGUCUGGUAGUCGGACUGGCAUGUGGUGCCAUCUUUUGUAUACUACCACUACCAAGGUUGAGUGAAAGGUUGAUUGGUAUCUCAGCAUUUCCUGGAUUUGUUCUUGCUGGACUUGUCGGCUUAGGACUGGGAUAUGGAGCGACCUCUAUGCUACCGCUAGUACGUCGCCAGCUGCUGAAACGAUUGUUAACGUAUCAAGGAUGGUUGACCAAUCAGAAAAGUUUGAAGACAAAGGCCUGGGCUCUCCUGAUGAAGCUGUGUCGAAUGAAAAAUGAGACCACUUUCAUGUACCAGGAUAUGUUACCCAAGCUACCAGUACCCAGUCUAGAGGAGACAUUGCGAAGGUACAUGGAGUCUAUCAAACCUCUACUGGAUGCUCAAGACUUUGAUUAUUCUAAGAAAGUAAUCCUUGAGUUCCAACAGAAAGAUGGUCAGGUUCUGCAGAAGUAUAUUGAGGACAGAUAUAAGAAGACUCGCAACUGGCUGUCUGACUGGUGGAUGACGGCUGCUUAUAUGUCCGGAAGAUAUCAACUCCCUAUCAACUCCAACUUCUAUAUGAUGCACAAUGUCUUGCCUGAGGUGACCACCAACCAACUUGCCAGAGCAGCUAACAUACUUUACUACUCACUCAAGUUCUAUGAGAAUAAUUGCAAGGGUGUCACACCAGUGAUGAAGAUACAGAAAAUGGUACCCAUGUGUAUGGAUGGACUCAACACAUUGUUUGGCACAGCUAGGAUUCCAAGUUCUCCAGUUGAUUAUAUGCAGACUACCAACAGCCAAUCAAAGCACUUUGUUGUGAUCAGGAAUGGCAGUUUUUAUCGUGUGGAAUCAUAUGCCUAUGACAUGAAAGCAGGGGAGGAGAGACUACUGUCUGUGGAAGAGCUUUACAAUCAACUUGAGAUCAUACAGACUGACAAGACAGCCCCACCUGAGGACCAGACUGAAGCUGUGGCAGCUCUCACCUCACAGGAGAGGGAUGUAUGGGCAAAGCAAAGAGAGAAACUUCUGCAGGAUGAGACUAACAAGGCUACAUUGGAGACUAUUGAAAGUGCUGUGAUAAUCCUCUCUUUCGACAAUGAAGAUGCAGGGGACAUCAGUCAACAAGCAAAGGUGAUUUUUACAGGAGAUGGCAAAACAAGAUGGUUUGACAAGGCACUGUCUCUGGUGGUCCACAAAGAUGGCAAGGCUGGGAUUAAUGUUGAACAUGCUGCAGCUGAUGCUACGCAUCUGGCCCAGCUGACAGAGUACUACCUUAGCAGAGAGAAGUACACCAAGGCAGGGCAUAUUAUCACUUCAGCUACUCCAGCUAGAACUUUAGAGGCACCAAAAAGGUUAUUAUGGAAACUGGAUGGAUUCAAAGAGGACAUCAAUGUGGCUCAAGAAAAACUUAUGCAAAUGAAAGAAAUGAUAGACACUUACAUCUUCAGUCCAAGUUAUGGGAAGGGUUUUCCUAAGUCAGUGAGACUGAGCCCUGAUGGCUACUUCCAGAUGAUUAUACAACUGGCAUACUGGCGUUUACACAAGGAGGUUGUUCUCACAUAUGAGUCUGCAUCCACUAGACUGUUUGGCUUGGGAAGAACAGAAACAGUGAGACCACAUUCUGAAACAUCUCGCAAGUGGGUAGAAAGCAUGGAUAAUCCAAACAUCUCGAAAGAGGAACGUGUUAGUUUAUUGCGCAAGUCUAUCCUGUAUCAAAAUAAGUAUCGUCUUGAAUGCACUGGAGGGUAUGGUUGUGAUCGCCACCUACUGGGCAUGCUGAUGGCAUCCAUGGAACUUGGCAUGGAGAAACCAAAACUUUACCAAGAUAAGGCAUGGCAGUUUAAGUACAAACUAUCAACAUCGCAGACACCUACAGAUAUUGUGAAGUAUAAUUUACCACUUGAUCACAAUUCACUCAAUGGUGGCUUCGGCCCAACUGCAGAGGAUGGCUAUGGCAUUGCAUAUGUUGUUUUGGACGAUUUGAGAUUGAAUUUUAAUGUGACAUGUUGGAAACAGUCAGGUCUUAGUGCAAGGGAGUUUGGAGAUGCUUUGAACCAAGCCAUGUUGGACAUGCGUGCUAUCUUCCAGUAAAUACCUCCUGACACCACCGUCCAACACAUAUUGACAUUAUGUCAUACACAGGGUGCGUUAAUAGAAUGUCACACCUAUGGACCUUGGAUAUACCAUAUUGUUUUCCUACAUGCACAUAACUAAAUCAGACUAUGCAAUUCUCAAAUUAAAUGAAGAAAGUGUCACAAUGGCUUGAUAUAACAAUGCAAAACAGAUGGAUAAUUUGUAAUACUAAAAGAUUAUGUAAGCAAUUUUAAUAGUAUGGAUACCGUAUAUGAAUUACAGUUUCUUUGCACACAAUAUCUUCCUAGUACUAUUCAUGAUAUCAAAAUGUUACUUUGAACUGUCAAAAUCAACAUUUAUAUAAGUUAUGGAGGGUGAACUUUUAAGAACUUUAGAGAUCCUCAAUUCUUGCAGGCUGAUCAAACUCAUUGAAUUAUCUGAUAGGUUAGAGCUUUUAGUUUCCAUGUAUUUUUCUAAAUGAUUUCUUGGGUAUGAAUAUCAUUUUAAUGUAAACUUAUUAGGUGAAGACAUGGUUAUAAUAUAUUUUGUCUACAAAAUAAGAAGGGGGAAAAAAAUAUUUCAAGGUAAAAGAAAAAUUGGACAUGAUUAUGUAAAAUUGGGUUACUCCUGAAUUUUGACAUAAUUAUUGGAAACUGAAACUCUUGCUCUCAGUAUUAUUUUCUUUUCUUUCAAAGUAGAAAUAUUUCUUGUACCUGUUUGAUUACAUUUGAUGAUAGAUUCCGUUCAGUAUGCUCAACCCCAUUCACAUAAAGUAAAAUGUAAAAAUGAUAUAAAUAAAUAAGAGGUUUAUUAAAAAAUAGAAAA